UUCAGUCUUUACUUUACUCACUUUAACCUAAGCUAAAAACUAACCCAAGAAAAAGCAAAACCAUUUCUUCAUUUUCUCUCUCCUCUCUGUUUGAAAUCAUCAUCAUCGUCUUCGAGUAAAGAAACGGACACAAAAAAAGAGAGUAUUCUAGAAGGAAUCUUUUAGGGUUUCGAACUUUGAAAUGGCGAGUCCCCGGAUUCCGGCGACUCCUUCGCCGGUAAAUUUGCGACCGAUUACUAUUACGCCGGGAUCGAGGAUUCUAGACGUUUCUACUCCGUCGACUAACGGCCGGUCUUCUUUUCCCGAUGACGGGAUCUGGAAGCGUCUUCGUGAAGCUGGGUUUGAUGAGGAUUCUAUUCGACGCAGAGAUAAAGCUGCUCUUAUCGCUUAUAUUGCUAAACUUGAAGCUGAGGUUUAUGAGCUUCAACACAACAUGGGCCUUCUUAUUUUGGAACGGAAGGAUCAUGCUUCAAAGCACGAAGAAGUUAGAUUUUCUGCUGAUUCUGCUGAAGUAAAACACAUGCGCAAUCAAGCUGCAUUAUCAUCAGCUUUAGUUGAAGCAAGGAAGCGAGAAGAUAACCUGAAGAAGGCCUUAGGAGUCGAAAAGGAAUGUGUGGCAAAUAUUGAAAAAGCGUUGCAUGAAAUGCGUACAGAGUGUGCUGAAGUGAAGGUUGCAGCAGAGAGUAAAACUCUUGAAGCACGCAAUAUGUUUGAAGAUGCUCAGAGAAAGUACGUUGAGGCCGAGACAAAGCUGCACUCUGCUGAAUCUUUGCGAGAUGAAGCAAGGCGAUCUGAACGAGCAGCUGGAAGAAAGCUUCAGGAGGUUGAAUCCCGUGAAGAUGAUCUUCGCCGUAGAAUGGCAUCUUUUAAAUCUGAUUGUGAUGCCAAGGAGAAAGAAAUUAUACUUGAAAGGCAAUCAUUGGUGGAGAGACAGAAAGUUUUGACUGAAUCACAGAAUAAGUUGCUUGAUGGUCAAACUUUGUUAAAUCAGAGGGAAGCUGAUAUUCUUAGUAAAUCUCAAGCACUGAGAAGGAUUGAGAAAGAGUUGGAGGAUCAGAAAGAGAACAUUGCUGCUGAAAGGAAGAACUUAAUGAUGCAGAGGUCUAACUUGGAGCUAAAUGAGAUUUCCCUAUCUGAACGAGAGAAGGCUGUCAUUGAAAAGGAGGUGUUUUUGAACAGGAGUGAGCAAAAUUUGCUUAUUUCACAAGAAAAACUUGCAAACAAAGAACAUAUUGAAGUCCAAAAACUCAUAGCCGAACAGGAGAAUGCCAUGAGACGAAGAAAGGAUGAGUUAGAAGCAGAGCUCAUGGCGAAACAGAAACUGUCGGAAGAAGAUAUUGAGACAAAAAGAAGAGCCUGGGAGUUGAGGGACUUGGAUCUUAAGCAGCGGGAGGAUGUUAUUUUAGAGAAGGAGCAAGAUCUGGAGGUGCAAGCUAGGGUGAUAGCAGAUAAGGGCAAAGAUUUAGCUGAAAAGAUGAGAGUUCUGGAAGGGAAGGAGAAUCGUCUGCACAAAUCUGAGAAUGAGGUUGAGCUCAUGAAAAACACUUUGGAAAAAGAGAGGGAAGAGAUUGAUAAGGAAAAGAUUGACCUAGAGAAGUCUAUGCUUGCUUUGGAAGAGAAGAAGAAACAAAUAGCUGAGGCAGGAAAAAGGUUGGAUAUCAUGAAAAGUGAAUCAAGUGAGCUUCUCAUUUUAGAAACAAAAUUGGAAGAGGAAAUAUAUGCAAUCAGAGCUCAGAGUCUGCAACUUGAUGCUGAAGCUGAGAAAUUGAAGGUCGAGAAGGCAAAGUUUGAGACAGAGUGGGAGGUAAUUGAUGAAAAAAGGGAGGAACUGCGGAGGGAAGAAGAACGCAUAGCUGGGGAGAGACUGGUGAUUUCCAAGUUUCUCAAAGAUGAACGUGAUAGUUUAAAUUUGGAGAAAGAGGCUCUUCGCGAGCAAUACAAACAGGAUCUAGAAUCACUUUCUCUUGAUCGGGAAUCAUUCCGUAGUGAGAGUCAACGGGAGCGUUCUGAGUGGUUCACCAAAUUUCAGCAAGAACGUGCAGACUUCUUGCUAGAGAUUGAAUGUCGAAAGAGAGAGUUGGAGGAUUGUAUCAAUAAAAGGCGUGAAGAUAUCGAAAGCUACUUACAAGAGAAGGAGAAAGCAUCUGAAGAAGAGAAAAAGAGUGAACUUAUGUAUAUUAGGUCUCUGAAGGAAGAUCUGAUGAAGGAACAAGAACAUGUUGCUUCGGCAUUGAAGAAGCUCGAGAAUGAGAAGUUGGAAAUCAAGCUGGACCGAGAGCAGAGAGACAAGGCAUGGGCAGAGCUACAGAGUCUUAUUGAAGAGCUUCAGGUGCAAAGAAUUAAACUAAAGAAGCAGAGGGAACUGUUGCAUGCAGAUAGAGAAGAGAUACAUUCAAAGAUUGAACAACUUAAGAAAUUAGAGGAUUUGAAAGUCGAUUCUGACAGAAUUGUAGUUUCUCCUGCAAAGCAAACCUUUGCAGAGUCAACCCCUGAAGUACUUUUACGUUUCCCUUCUUUGGAGCCAACUCAGAAAGUCACAGCUGCAGAAGAUGGACAAGAUACAGGGAGUGAUUCACCACCUAGCUCUAAAGUUUCCUGGUUAAAAAAAUGUGCUACAUUGAUAUUUAAACCUUCACCUGACAAAGUUCCAUUGAUGCACAUUGAACAAUUGAACUCGGAGUGUGAAGAAGGAAACUCAGGGCUUUUUGGGAAAAAUAUUGUCAGCAUAGACGACAAAUCACGACCGGGAGAAGUCGAGUUUGUAAAAUCUGUGGGAAGUGCAGACCAGCCUGCUGGAUCUGCUUCAGAAGAACCAAAAGUGAUUCACGAGGUUCCUUCUGUGGAUGAAGGUAUAACAGAUCUCGAAGCAACUAAACAUGUGCAUGAAAGCUCUGCCCCUUCUGCAGUAAGUGCUGGGCGAAAAAGAAGAGUCGAUGACUCUAAUCCUGGAACUGAUGCUGCGGUUCUGAAUGACGAGAAAAUCAACAAGAAGAGGCGGCAGCAUCUUGUUGAUGCUCCUGAUGGGUCUCAUGUUGUCACUCCCCAUUGUGUGGAAUUCAAACAGCCUAGUGUUGAUGAUCAAUGUGUCGUCAGUUCAUCAACCCAAAGUAUAAGUAAAGAGAAUGAAGUUGAUGAAACCGAAAGAGAGUCUGAAGUCUCUCAGAAAAUAACUUACAAAUCUCAUCAUCAGAGCAAGCAAAUUGACUUUGACAAAUCUGCAUUGGUAGAAAAUGAAGCAUUGAGGUGUGUCAUUCGGGAGAGGACUGUGAUACAGGAAGUUCUGAUAGUGGAGGAUGUUGGAGAGACAAAGAAGGAUAAUGAGGAGGAAGAUGCUACUACUGAGAAAAUAGAGCUAGAGAAUGAGAAUCCUUCAAGCGCCAAAGUAGAGAUCCCAGAAAUUGUCCAGGGGAGAAGAACUCGGUCAAACUCCCAGAUGAAAUCAUAAACAGUUGGUUAUAUCAACUGCUCCAGCGAUUAUGCCAUGUUUUCCGUGUUCUGGAUUUUGGCAAUACAUGCACAGUUUUAAUUUUGAGCGUGCUCAAUCUAAGGGGGUUGAGUGAGUUCUUUUGACCUAGGUCUCCAAUAAUCUCUCUUGUGGACAUAUGCAUGUAAAUGACUUAGAUAAGUGUGAUUCAGGGUGUAUUUAGUAGAUCUUUAUAUGGUGUUUCGUGUAUUGUGUUGGUAUGUGUCACCAUAUGUUAUGAUUGGCAGCGCUUGUGCUGGUUUAGUGGUGUGUUGUGGUCGGCUCUUUUAUUGUCGACCAACGGCUAUGUUAGCUUAUGAGAAUGUUAUUGGUUCAGUUAGGUUCCUGAUUAACGGAACAUCUUGGAUUUUUACUGAGAGGUAAUCUAUAUCAUGAAUUUUUAUGCCA